GGUCAUGUUCAGAUCGCACAGAGGUAUCACAGCCUCAGCGUAACACGUCCUUUGCUUUGCUUUGCUCUUCUGCAUUCACUUCUCGACGGCGCCUGCUUAGACGUCCCCAGGGCUGGACCCCAUUCAUCUUCCCCGGCUUCAUACCCCAUAAGCCUUCACCAUCUCCCUCAGACACAAUGGCACCCCUUCACCAAACGUCGCGGCCCGCCUCGGACAGCGUGUUCCCCCAGAUGUUUGGUCCCGAGAGCCAUCCUCGCUUCAGUACCAUCACAGAUGCCUUCAAGCACCAGGUACUCACCAACCCAGACUCCCUCGCCGCAGUGAGCAUCUCGUCCGCACACAAGACUGAGGAGAUCACGUACCGGGCCCUCUCGAACCGCGCGGCGCGCCUGGCUGUCGAGAUGCGACGUCUUGGUGUACGUCCCGGCGACCGCGUACCCUUGGUGGUCAAGCGCGGCAUCCACAUGCUGGUAGGCAUCAUGGCCGUGCUCUCCUGCGGCGCGCAGUAUGCGCCCCUUGACGGCGGCGUCGUGCCAGACUCUACGCUGCGCUUCGUGGUGGAGCAGAACUGCGGCGGGCGUGGCGUCGUGCUGGCCAUGGGCGUGACGAAACAUCGCCUGGGCGAGUUUCCUGGGCUCAGCGUUAUUUGUAUCGAUGAGCUGUCUGAGCGUAGUGGCGAUGAGAGUCGCUCAGAUUAUCUCGUGCUGGAGAACUUUGCAGAGCCCGACAGCGGGUGCUACAUUAUUUACACUUCAGGCACUACGGGCACACCAAAGGGGGUGGAUGUCACACACAAAAAUGUCACCAAUUUGAUCUGCCAAUCACCAGGUGAUUUGGGAAUCACGACUGGGACAAAAGUUGGUCAGACCCUCAAUAUCAGCUUUGAUAUGGCUGCCUGGGAAAUCCUGGGCACGCUAUGCAACGGAGGAACACUGAUUCUCAGGGGCUCAGAUUGGAAUGCGUGUAUAAGAGAGAUUGAGGUGCUCAUCUGCACGCCGACCAUUCUCGCCAAAUAUGAACCCCAGGACUAUCCCAAGAUCAGAACCGUCGCCACAGCCGGAGAGCCAACCUCCCAACGAUUGGCCGACAAAUGGGCCGCAAACAAGACGUACUACAACUGUUGCGGUCCCACUGAGACCACAAUUGUCAACACUAUGCACAAGCACGUCAGUGGCGGGCCAUUGACUAUUGGAAAACCAACCCCCGGCAACAAUGUCUACAUUCUCAAUGAAAACCACGAGCUUGUUCCUGAUGGCGAGCCUGGGGUGAUGUGGGCCGGUGGUCUGGGAGUGUCCAGGGGUUAUCUCGGGCUUCCUGAGAAGACUGCAGAGCGAUACGUCCCGGAUCCAUUCUUGAAUACGAGAUCGAAAACAUACAACACAGGCGACCUCGGGAGAUGGCUGGCCGAUGGAUCUAUCGAAAUCCUUUGUCGAGUUGAUGACCAGGUGAAGGUAAAGGGCUUCCGGGUUGAGCUCGACGGAGUCACCGCUUCGGUCAACUCUUGCAGUGUUGUCGACAGAGGCGUCGUGCUUUUCUGGGGCGGCGAGAUCCAUGCAUUCAUCACCCCAGCCAACGCCGACGUCGACGCUGUCAAGACUCACCUGCAGACGCGCCAGCCAUACUACGCCGUGCCUUCGCAUUUCCAUCUUCUCAAUGAACUUCCCGUGACCUCCAACGGCAAGAUCGACAAGAAGCUGCUCAAGGAGUCCGCCUCCGGCACACAGGCGCUGGUCGUCGAGAAGCCCAGCUCAACUGCGGAUGUGACAAAUCCGCCCAGCCUCGAAAAGCAACUAUCCGGGACCACCGAGACAACGUUGUACGACUGGUCGAAAUCAAGCUCCAUCUCGAACUCGAGCUCGAGCUUUGUGGACGAGAAGGCCGGGGUCGUCGACCUGGAGGCUGCUGUGCCCGACAAGAAGCAGAGGAAGGCCGUUCGUGGCAUCCGCCAUCGCGUGCUGAUCGUCUACCGACAACUUUUCACUCUCAUGGCUCUUCUCAACAUGGCCACCGUCGUCAUAGUGGCCUUUACGGGCUUCCAGCGCGAAGCUGUGGGCACCGUCACUGCCGUCAACCUCACCAUUGCCGUUCUCAUGAGACAGGAAUUCGUCAUCAACGCCAUUUACACGACAACGUGCAGCAUUCCCAAGUCAUGGCCUCUCUGGAUCCGUACGCGGGCCGCUCGCGUCUUCCAUCUCGGUGGCGUCCAUUCAGGGGCUGGCGUCAGUGCAGCGCUUUGGAUGUUCGCCAACACGGCCGGCGACACAGCGUGCAUGGCGUUGGGUACUUGCAAUGGACACUGGGGGAGACUCUCACUUGCCGCCAAGAUUAUCGCUUGGAUCAUCGCCGCUCUCUUUGUUGCCAUGCUGGCCAUGGCGUACCCGACGGUCCGCAAGGCGCAUCACAACAAAUUCGAAAUCUUCCACCGGUUCGUGGGCUGGACUCUUCUCGGUCUCUUCUGGGCACAAGUUGUGCUCACCGCCAACGACACAAAAGCUGCUGAUAUUCCCCUUGGAACGGCUGCGGUCAGGACACCCUCUCUGUGGCUCCUGGUUGUUGCCACGCUCAGCGUCGCCUCGUCUUGGUUCUGGCUCAAAAAGGUUCCCGUCAAGGCUGAGCCCCUGUCCAAGCACGCGGUCCGUUUGCAUUUUGACUACACGGUUCCGGUCAAUGGCUCGUUCACGCGACUGUCUCACAAACCACUCCUCGAGUGGCACUCGUUCGCCACCAUCCCUGCCCCUGAGGCUGUGGACGGCAACCCCAAAGGCUACUCGCUUGUCGUCUCCAACGCCGGUGACUGGACGCGCGCCAUGGUCGAAAACCCCAGCCCCAAGAUCUGGGUGCGAGGCGUGCCGACGUGUGGUGUCAUGCGCAUCGCGACCCUCUUCAACCGGGUUGUCAUCGUCGCCACCGGUUCUGGUAUUGGUCCCCAGCUCGGACAUAUCCUCAACCCAUCGUGCCCGACCAAGCUGCUCUGGUCCACCAAAGAUCCCGAGAACACGUUUGGCAAGCCCAUGUGCGACCUGCUCAAGUCCAAGUGCCCGGACGCCGUCAUCUGGGACACCGGCACCCAAGGCCGCCCGGAUCUCGUCAAGAUGUCGUACAACCUCGCCAAGGACUUUGACGCGGAGGCUGUCAUCAUCAUCGCCAACGAGAAGAUCACCAAAAAGGUUGUCUACGGCCUGGAGACGCGUGGCGUGUCUGCCUAUGGGGCGAUUUGGGAUAGUUAGGCGCAGACGGGGGUGGCGUUUCGGUAUUUUUUUUUGUUCUUGGUAAAGGAGCUCUUGGAAGGAAGCGAGUUAUCUGUUUUCAUUGUUUUGUUUUUAGCCCAGGCUUUUGCCUUUCAUAUAAUUGCC